AUGGUAGGGGUGGUGGUGGCGGCGGUGGCAUUUGAGGGCACAGCAAGCAGCUGCACGUACAGAACCCUGCUGCCCUCCUACACGGUGCUGUGUGCCAAGACCGGCCUGCUUUUCGUGCCGCCCAACAUUGACCGGCGCACCGCCGAGCUGCGGCUCAUGGACAACUUCAUCACCACGCUGCGCCACCGCGACUUCGCCAACAUGAGCAGUCUCAUCCACCUGGCUCGGCACAACACCAUCCCAGCCAGAUCAUACUGGGCCUUAGCCGACCUCAGGACCCUCACGGCGGCUCACUUGAACCAACCGCUGACGGUGCUGGACGACACUCACCUGCAGGGCUUGGUCAACCUGCGCCACCUCAUCCUGGCCAACAACCAGCUGCACAGCAUCUCGGCCGGUGCCUUCCAGGACUUCCUGGAGACGCUGGAGGACCUCGACCUGUCCUACAACAACCUGGUGGACGUGCCCUGGGAGACCAUGGGCAUGCUGGUCAGCGUCAACACGCUGAGCCUGGACCACAACCUCAUCGAGUACGUGCCCGAGGGCAUCUUCUCCAACAUGCACAAGCUGGCGCGUCUGGACAUGACGUCCAACAAGCUGAAGAAGAUCCCGCCGGACCCGCUCUUCCUGCGGAUCCCCGUCUACGCCAAGCUGAAAGGCUCGCCGCUCACGGCGCUCGUCCUGAGCUUCGGCGGGAAUCCGCUGCACUGCAACUGCGAGCUGAUGUGGCUGCGGAGACUGACCCGCGAGGACGACCUGGAGACGUGCGCCUCACCCCGGGAGCUGGCCGGCAAGUACUUCUGGACCAUCAAGGAGGAGGAGUUCACGUGUGAGCCGCCCAUGAUCAUGCGCCACAGCCCCAAGACCUUCGUGAUGGAAGGUCAGCGCGUGAGCUUGCGCUGUAAGCACAUCGGCGACCCCGAGCCGUCCACCCACUGGGUCAGCCCCGACGGCAAGGUGAUCGGCAACACGUCGCGCACCACCUGCUACGAGAACGGGACGCUCGACAUCCACACCACCACCGUCAAGGACUCGGGGAUGUUCACGUGCAUCGCAUCCAACGCAGCCGGGGAGGCCACAGAGAAGGUGGAGCUCGUGGUCAACCCAUCGCCCCAUUACAACCCCAAGCUGGAACCAGAACCGGGUCCGUCCGACAUGCCCACCUCCAUCAAGUCCAACGCCAGCGGCGGCCACUCCAAGACCGACCAGCCCCGAGUAAGCGUGUCCGAGCUCACCUCCUCGUCCGUUAUCGUCCACUGGCCCCCACAGAGCGAGAUCCCCGGGGUGCGCAUGUACCAGAUCCAGUACAACAGCUCCACCGACGACAUCCUCAUCUACAGGAUGAUCCCUGCUUCCCACCGGCUCUUCCAGCUGAGCGACCUGGCGUCGGCGCGGGACUACGACCUGUGCGUGCUGGCCGUGUACGACGACGGCGUGACCACGCUGACCGCCACGCGCCUGGUGGGCUGCGUGGCCUUCAGCACCGAGCGUGACUACCACCAGUGCCGCUCGCUCCACGACCAGUUCCUGGGCGGCACCAUGAUCAUCAUCAUCGGCGGCAUCAUCGUGGCCUCGGUGCUCGUCUUCAUCUUCAUCCUCCUCAUGAAGUACAAGCUGCACAGCAACCACUACAAGCAGAAGGCCGCGCGCGUCAGCAACGUCUGCUCCCAGACCAACGGCCAGGCGGCCGGGGAGGCGUCACCAGCGGGCCGGUGGGGUCAGUCCGGAGGGCCGGCGGCUCCAACGCCCGUGGUGGCCCCAGGGGCGAGCGUGGUGGCCAAGCUCCAGGGCCCGAUGGCGCUGGAUAGGCAUGAGCCCCAGGAGGGAGGCUGCUACGGGGCCCUGAAGGGCACCACGGUGGUGGACUUGAACCCGGAGUACCGCAAGUCGGUGAAGGACGACGACGCCAUCUCGCAAUAACACAGGCAUCUUCUGUCUGGAAUCUGAACUCCACUGCCUGGCUAGACACACCACGGAUGCCAGUCCACCGCGGCGUUCCAGGGACUGGCCACAAGCCAGACACCACAUUCUUCUGGAGUCAGUCCGACUGUCCUUUAUGCAACUCUACCCAGGAUCCGGGGAGAAAAGUUCCCAGCCCGGGUCAACCACUUCCUUCCCGGAGGCCUGCUGGGGGAACCAAACAAACAAACAAACAAACAAGCAAAAGCACACAAAAAAAUAAAUAAAAACAUAGACACUAACCCAGGCGGAUGGACACAUAAUAUGGAAGUGACAUUACCAGUGUGUUUCUGUGUGGAAAUGUCAGUCAUGCCCAUACCGUUACUUUUUUUUUUUACUUUGAACAUUUUUCAACAUCAGAAAUGAGAGACCAUUGGUCUGAACAUUUUGUGACUUGCUGGCUAAUUGACGACAGACUUCAUGCUGAAGCUCUUGGAUUUUCUUCACCUUCACACAAUGGUAACAUGCCAAAGGAACUACAAAAUUGGGAUCCACAUACUCUGGGAGUUUCUCAGAGGCCUAUGGAGUCAGACAUAUUAGCGCAUCUUUUUUUAAUAAUGUCACUGCAACAAUACAGAGCGUUUUUAUUUGUCCUUUGGCAAAGUCUAGGGCACUUUAUUAUUUCCUGUCUUUUCUUAAUGCCCCCUAACACUCUCUCUCUUCCUCUAUCUCUAUACAUUCAUUCUGAGUCUCACUGUCUCUCUCUGUCUCUUUCUGUAUUUUGGAGACUUGAAUAUGGUGUACUUGUGAAGAAGAAGAUGAAGGCGUGAAUUCCAAACUCUCUGGCGCCCCCUACAUGUGGGAGUACAUAAGGUUCUGGCCUUGACUUGAGAGACACUCUAGGGACCUCCGGGACUCCGGGAUUAUUAUGAUCGAUCCAGACUGGAUGCUAACGAACACUGGCUGGGUUUGGUAUCACCAACAGGAGCUUCUGACAGACCAUUCAUAUAGACUGUGUUGAAAGCUUCCCCUGGCUAAGAAAAAAAGAGCCAGCCAUGAGAUUUAAAAAAAAAAAGGGUACUUUUUUAUUUUCUUUCGACUCUACUCCAGUUGACUGUGUACGUGAUUGUAUGUGAGGUACACCUUCGGUCAUUUCUGAUUUGAUAACCAUUUUUUGUUGAAUUAUUAAAUAAUGAUAACAAAUGGAGAUGGAAUUUUAUGCUUUCAUAGGUACAAUAUGUGGAUUUAUAAAGAAAUAAAGUAUUUUUCUUCAA